UGUUGACAUCUCUCCCAGGGACAGGGGAUCCCAGUGGGCCUGGCGUGAGAUGGGACAAUGCGAUAGCAAGAUAUCCGUGUUCUCAGAAUCUGACACCCCAGAGAGAAGCAGCAUGACGUCUGGAAGUUUAGAGUCGGAUACACAAGAAAACAAAAUAUCGAAAGUGUCCCUGGACACUGGACAGAUGGCAUUUACCUUGGCCCAACUUAAGUCCUUGGAGAUUUGCCUGAAAGCAGCAGAAGAAAAGGCUAAAGCUUUAUCUGAACAGCUUUCAGUCUCUGAAGGAACAAAAUCAAAACUGCUUGAACAAGUAUUGUGGCUAGAGGAAAAACUGGAAGCUGUGAACCACAAGGAAGCCAGUGAGGAACCAUACGAAAAAAUGGUUCUUGUAAAAGACCAGUGCAUCGAGAAAUUGCAAGCUGAAGUAAAAGCUUCCCAGGAGCAACUUAUAGCUCAUAAACUAAAGCACAAAAAGACAGUGAAAAAGCUACAAACUGAUUUGGCAACAACUAAGCAAGAGGCUGCCAUCACAGUCCUGGAACUCAAUGAGAAGAUAAAGACUCUGUGUGAAGGAAAGCCAGCCCCUAGAGAAGACAGCUUGUUGGAAGAGUUCUGUGGAGGUCUCCCACCUGUGGAGAAGAAUGAUAGAAAAAUUAGCCUGAUUAUGGAACUGUCGACCCAGGUUUCCCUUCAGACUGAGAGGAUCACUCAGCUUCAAGAAAUUUUGGAGGAAAAGGAAAGGAAGAUUCAGCAGCUGGAAGCUGAGCGGAGUGCCCAACCUUCCCAAGAGGUCAAGGACCCUCCAGAAUGUUUACAAAAAGCCCCAAUUUUCUCUUUUGAUGAUGUCCCUCUUGUGGUCUCUGAUGAGAAUUUGUAAAGAUUCCCAGUAAGAAAACAAUAAAAGUUUUUAAAGUGUCAUCCA